UCCAACAGAAGCGCUUCGCACAGAAGGGAAAGCUGUUGUGUUUGUUAUUGAGUUUCAUAAAUAUUCUUCUCAUUAUUGCUGUAGUGCUGUUGUCAAGCACAUAACUAGCUAAUAUGUUCUCCUUCAACAUGUUCGAGCCCCAUGUGGGUCGGGUCUUCCAGAACCGUUUCUCCACCCAGUACCGCUGUUACUCUGUGUCCAUGCUUGCGGGGCCCAAUGACCGCUCAGAUGUGGAGAAAGGAGGGAAGAUAAUUAUGCCCCCAUCUGCUUUGGACCAGCUGAGCAGACUUAAUAUCACAUACCCCAUGCUGUUCAAACUCACCAAUAAGAAUUCAGACAGAAUGACACACUGUGGCGUUCUGGAGUUUGUGGCCGAUGAAGGAAUCUGUUAUCUCCCCCACUGGAUGAUGCAAAACUUGCUGUUGGAAGAAGGAGGUUUGGUCCAGGUGGAGAGUGUCAAUCUCAUGGUGGCCACAUACUCCAAAUUUCAGCCUCAGAGUCCAGACUUCCUGGAUAUCACAAACCCUAAAGCAGUAUUAGAGAAUGCUUUGAGAAAUUUUGCCUGUUUGACCACAGGAGAUGUGAUUGCAAUCAACUAUAAUGAAAAGAUCUACGAGUUACGUGUCAUGGAAACUAAACCAGACAAGGCCGUGUCCAUCAUUGAGUGCGAUAUGAAUGUGGACUUUGAUGCUCCUCUUGGUUAUAAAGAACCAGAAAGACACAUGCAGCAUCCUGAAGAACCAACUGAGGAGGAAACAGAUCCCAGUAACUAUGAAAUGGACCUUGGCUUUAGAGCAUUUACAGGCUCUGGGAAUCGUCUAGAUGGGAAGAAGAAAGGCAUUGAGCCCAGUCCAGUACCCAUCGACCCCAGUGACAUCAAACGUGGAAUUCCUAACUAUGAGUACAAAAUCGGAAGGAUCACCUUCAUCCGAAAUGCAAGACAACAGCCCCGCAAGAUAGACACGGAUGAAUCUGCCAGUAACUUCAUUGCAUUCUCUGGGGAAGGAAAGUCCUUGCGCAAAAAGGGCAGAAAUCCGUGAUCUCAAACACACACAAUUCAGCCAGACGCAUCAGAUAAAUCAACUACAAUAUGCGUAUUGGAGAGUCUCUCAACAUGGACACUUUCCAUACAGACCUGACAGAUAUACCUGGAAUUUUUUCAGAACGUUACAAUUGUUGUUUUACGACUGGUUUGAUAUUUUGAAUCCAUGGUUUUACAAAUAUUUGGAAAAUGCAAGCCAAUGACUAAACACUUCCUCUUUAAUACAUUUACAUGCAUAAUUUAAAUAAAGAUUACCCUGCAAUUCAUCAAAACAGAGUUGCUGUCUAUUAUUGACAUUAUUUUAACCCUCCUAUUGUCUUAUGGUAAUUUUUGACCCGUGACAGGUAAAGAAUACGCUAUAAAUACCGCAUAGUUUUUGGGACUGGAACCAAUCGGUGUGAAGUUGUCAAGACCAUCAUAAAAAGAAAGUGAUUUUAAAAAGUGAUUUUAGCCAUUCUAGAAUUUGUAAUGACGGUAUAUUUUCGACAUUUUAGAAUCCGUUGGAUUAGCCACGCCCCCUUUCCCCACAACCCCGCACUCCAAAGAUAUCAAAUGAGCUUUAUUGACCGACGCGAGCAGAAACAGUUGUCAAAAACAGCGGCAGCAAAAUAGCGCCCUCAAUGGACAACUGUUAUGAGCAAUAUGGCAUAAAAAUGGCAUUAUGCCUUAAUAAUUCGCUGCAACUACAAUACAGAGAACGUGCAAAAUUAUUGACAGGCAGAAAGCGUAAUUGUCCGCAGCUCGUGGACACAUUUUGUUGAGUCCAGAGCUGUCACAGUGAGAUAUCUCAUGACACUUAUAUUAUUAAUAUCUUUCAGGGAGUAGUUUUUAAUUGUAAAUUAACUGUUUAAGAGAAAUAACAAUUAAAAAAUGUUUUUCCUUCCAUUAUCUUAACGGGUCAAUUUUUAGCCAGUUGUGACAUUUCACCUUUAGACUUAAUUAGACUAGUCUUUUGUACAUCUAUGAAUCAAAUCUGACCUAAACAUAUUUCAAAUUAUCUUCAAUUUAGCCCCUACCCCCAUACUGUUUUCUAGCUCCUCCACCUGCUCCACUGGGUACUGCAUCUUUCCCACAAAUGUUACUUUUCACUCAAAUGGGUUUUGUGCACACGUCCACACACACAAACGCACAAAGAGAGAGUAUUUUAAGUUUUGAACAGGUAAUAUUUUAGCAAAUAAGUUUACUAAUAUGAUUUUAUAUGACGAUAAAAGGCCUAUUGGAUGUCAUUUUCUCCUAAAACAUUAGAUGGCAGAAAGAACUACUGCUGCAACUUCCUAAACCCCUGUAACACUGCAACAAAUUGUUUAACAUUAGUGGGAAGAAAUGGAUUUGUUGCAAUGGACAUGCAAAGUGGGCCCGCUUUGACUGCUGGAAAAGGCCAUAGAGAUUAAUUUGUGAAAUAAGCAUGUACUAAAAUGUUAUCUAAAAUUUACACAGUUAAUUUCUACAAGCAGAGCUAAUCAGAGAUUGUUGUAAUAUAGUUAAGAUAUUAUAAAGUGCCAAAAGUGAUUGAAAUAAAUGUAAAUUCAGACAUCCCAGUUUUAUUACAUUUAUAAACUUAUUCUUUAAAAAUAAUGUUACUCCACAAAUAUUCAAUAUCUGUCUUUUUUCCCCAUCAUUAUUCAUGUUUGGACCACAAUAAAGCUUUUCAUUAAGGGGGGUUUUUAGUGCAGUUGUACACUAAUCAAGAAUUUAUGCAUUUAGAAUGGUUUUCAAUACGGGUCAAAAUGACCCGAAGGACAAAAGGACGGUGCAGUUUCUUAAGACAAUAAGACGGUUAAGAAAACAUGCCACUUAUAAGUGAUUUACAUGACUAGAUGUGUUAUGGGGCUUUUUAACCUUUCUUAACAGGGAAAAUUAUAUGGUAAGUGUGCAACCUUCAGCAUCACAGCUCUGACUAAAGAACUUGAUUUUAUCUGCAUUAAGCAUUUAUUUAAUUGAAAGAAAUCUGAGACAAUUUUGUAGCCUUAAUGCAAAAAGCAAGAGGUCUUUGGAGAUGCAGGUACAGGCAAUACUGUAGUAUCUGUUCAGUUAAACAAUUCUAAAAUGUAACAACUGACCCACCAAACUACAACUUGAUGGCAACAUUAACAUGGUGUUACAGAAAAUGUGUGGGGUUAAAAAUGUCAGUGUGUACCUCUCAAUAAUUUGACCUUUCAAAACACACAAUCAAACCAAAAGCCUUAUAUUACAGUCAGAAUUAAAAAAAAAAAAAAACGCUUGUUCCCCAUUAGUUUAAAUGGACUCAGUGCUUUCU